UUAUUCCAAUACGUAUGUUUGCCUCUUCCCCACCAUGAUCUCCCUUUGGUUUCCCCUUGCCUUAUAACUAUUUAAAUACAUUUUACUAACUUGGGAUUCCUUGCUCAUUUCACUUCACCUGGCUGGGCAGGUCUGUGAGGGCUCAAGUGUUAGCUCCUCCACUUUUAUUGUUUUAUUUAUUUUUCAUCCACCUUUUUUAUUAAAAUAACCAUGUUCAGAGGAAGAGUCCGACACACAUAAAUAAUGGGAACUGCUAAUAGUAAGCAGGCUGCUCUAAAAUGUGCUGGGGCUUUGACUUAAGGGAAGAAAGCACAGCCCUGCAUUGUCCCUGUCAGGAAGCUGGAGCACAGAAGAGUUCACUUAGGAUCAAAAAAAUGCUGAAGGUCAGAAACAUCCUGGGACACUCCUUCUGUCAAAUCUACAUCACUGGACUAUUUCUACCUCCUCACUAAAGAUGGUCAGAAAAGAAGAAGCCAAAGACAAGUAUGACAGUGAGUUCUAAAAACAAGGAGCAAAAUUAUAAGACAGAGAAGAACGUUUCCUUCAGCUAUUCUGCAUGAUGAGUCAGUGUACAGCAGCACCAUCUGGAAGAAUGACUUUGUGCUUGUGAAUUGCAAACAGCUGGAUCUGCCUCACAAAGUCAGUCACCUGCCUGUUCAGCACCUGAAGCUAAUCCUUUGGAUACUUCACCCAUGACUCUCAUGAACAAUGCAGGGGAAUAAGAAACACACGGAAGGACACAGUGAUUCCUCAAGCAUUGGGAGUCUCCUGGAUGAUGCAGACAGAGAGGUGAGCAGCCUCACAGCUCGAGCUUUCAAAAGUUUGUGUGUAGCAGAACUUGAAGACCCUUACAAUGAACCAGAGCUCUCCAUUUCACCUGACUUUGCCCUCCAGCUGUCUGCUAAAAUUCACUCAGGGACGUUGAACCAUGACAUCAAGAAAAGCAAUGUCUGUGACAAGCUAACAGCAAGAAACAAUGAACAUACAAUAUGGGCUUCCACAUUCCAGCAGUUACCUAAGUGUGCUUCAGAGGAGAAAAGGAUUGCUAAAAACACCUUUGCUAUAGAAAAGAAAUUGAAUUUGCCAGUCCCUGGUCCAAAGAACAAUAAGCACGUUUCAAAAGUGUCCUCAUUGAUUAAGACAUUUGAUAAGACUGCAGACCAAGGGUCAGGAAGUUCUCUGAUAGCAAACAAGCAGCCCAUUAAGAAUAGCUUUCAAAAAUACAAAAUAAAUCAUGGCAAUGAUACUGCUUCCUGGGAUGAUACAGACAUUUUAAACAUCCACAAGGAACUUUCUGAACUUUCUGAGGCUAGUCAAGGUAGCCACUAUCUCAGUGGCAAACAUGAGCCACAGAGAAGACCUAAUAAAAUAGACCUGAGUUAUGGGGACUCUGAUAGUUAUUAUCCUGUGCUGAUUGAGAUGUCAAAAGUAGCCAAGUCAAAUUUUUCCCAUUCUUCCAAGAAGGCUUUAAAAAACAGAAACUUGAAAAUUAGUGAGCCAGCAAAAAAAGGCAGUUUUCUUCACAGUGAGAACAGUGCUUUUGAAUCAUGGAAUGUUCACCAUAAAAAAAUGACAGAAAAGGAGAAAUUUGUUGACAUAAAACUGAAAAAGGAAGAAUCACCAUUUGUUAAAGGAUCCCACACACAGGAACAUAAAUUGUCAGCUGUCAUGACCACUGCUGCUAAGAUGACAGAGAAAGAUUUUCAGCCAACUCUACAAGAAGCUUCUUUCUGUCUCCGAGUUGUACCUCAGGGUCCCCUCCCUUCAGAAACCAGCUUCCCUGCUGCUUUCCCUCCCACACCUCCCCCUAGGAACCAUGUGCCCCAGGGUCCCCCUCGGCCACCCCCUGCCCUUCCUCUGCCUCCCCCCUCCCUGCCCGGCCAUCCCUCAGCAUCCCCCAGCCCUGAAGCCCCUCCUGUGCCCCCACCCCCAGUGCCAGCUCGACUGUCCCCCACUGCCUUGUCCCAGGCCUCUGUGUCCCCCCAGUCUGUGUCCUACAGGAUGGUUUCACCCUCACUCAGGUUUGAGACCCCCAGCCCACCUCCCCCACGAGCCCAGGGCAGCUCAGCCCAGCAGGAAUCCCUCAGCCCCCAGCUGGGCAGUGCCUGUCCCCCCUGGAGGAGACAGAGGGCUGCAGAAAGGGCAGCAGGGAAGAGACAGCCUGCAAAGGAGAGGGUCACAGACAGCCACAACACCUCUCUGUCUGAAAAGGUGACUGCUGCUGACCCUGGCCUGCAUGUGGCUCCUCUGGCUAAACAUCCAAGCUCCCCUGGAUCCAGCAGUGCCUCCUUCAACAUCACUGAACUCCUGACUCCUGUCAUACCCCCAAAGCAGGAGGUGGGCACUGCUGGACAGGAGCUGGUCCCACUGACACCUCCUCCCACGGAGAGCACAGCCUCAAGAGACCAUGAGGAGAGCACCUUGGAUGAUUACAGGUCCUGGGAUGGUUACAGGCUGACAGCAUCCAGUCUGUUAUUUAAUUUAAAGGAUGUGCGCAAGCGCGUGAAAAGCAUUUAUACCCCUUCCCCCCUGCUAAGGGCCCUGGAGGAGAAAAAUAAAACAAGGGAAAAUAUUCAGGAGAGUACAAAAGCAAAUACCUCAUUCUCAACUUUGCAUGACAAAAAUGAGAAAAAUAUUACAGAGAAAGAUGAAUUGAGCGAUAUAGCUUAUGUACUGCCAAGCAGUGUUCAUGAAAAGGACAGUAAAACUGAUUUAACUGGACACUUCACAGGUAACUACCUGACUUUGAGUUCACCCCAAACAACAGAAGACCUUCCAUUUUACCAAACUGGAGACAGCAUGCAGCAAGACAAUUCAAAACACCAAGAUCUGGUUAAAAACACAGAGGAUAAUCAAAAUUUCUCCUCGUUCAGACAUGAAUCGAAUGAACCUGAUUUAGGAAAACAUCAGCAGUAUCCAGCAGAGAGACCAUUCAGUAGAGACAAUGAAGAUACAAAAGCUGGGCAGCCCGUGCAGAAUCACAGUGUGCAGGGUGAGGAAAAUGAAAGACAAGCUGCUAUUCAGAAUGAAAAUUUUGCCUUCAAAACACUCCUAAACCAACUCUCACCAGAAGAAGAUGAGCCUUACAGUGGCACCCAAACCACCAUUGUGGUAGCUGGCCAUGAAGCACGAGGCAAAAGAAGCACUAGUUCUUCAGAGCAGUCCUUUGUCUCCACAGUGGAGCAGCCACUGCAGGAAGAGCCAUUUCUGCCAGUGCCCCUGAUGGAGCAGACAUGCCUCCAAGAAAGCCAGAGGACUGACAGUGAAAUGGGAUCAGGAAGUAAGAAAAGACACAAGGAGAGAGGGAAAGAGGCUGGGGAAGAUGAACUGCAGUACUAUGCUUGUGUCAGCCCUGGCACUGGUGCAGCAGAGAAGAGGGAGGGAAGUGUUACUGGGAAUGAACAGAGGAGCUCGAUGAAAGAGAAACUAGGGAGAGAGAAAAGGGAAGAGGCCAACAGCACAAAUCCUGCGUCUGACAGUAUGAGAGACAUGUCCAUCCCCAGGUCUGAGGAACCACAAACACCAUCCUCUUCAAGCUCAACCAAACCCAGCCUGUUUAUGAUCAAAGAUAACACAUUCAAGUCUCCCCAGGUAAUAAGGGCUGUCAAGCUGCCCCUGCUCCGGUCGUUUUCCCUGGACGAUACAGUGAGCAGCAGUUACAAGGAAAUGGAACGUAGGUUUAUGUCCCCAGCAGCUCACAACAGGCGGCACCAGAACAUGCUGCACGCCCAGGAGGCUGGCUGGUGGGCAUCGAGACACAGAGGGCAGCAGAAUGUGAGAGAUGGAGCAGCUGAUAGAGAAAAAGAAGCCAGUGAGACUGGAUCUACUUCACUGACACUGGAUCCCAGUCUUCUGGAAGAUACAGAGAGCUUUUCAUUUGGAAAUCUGACAGAAGAAGAUGAAAAGACUUGUAUGUUGUUAAAUAAAUUUGGGAAAAUGAAUGAGGAAAAUGUCUGUAGAAGUAAAAAGAAGCCUACAAAGGCAAGACACAGCUUAGCACAGCCAAUUAUAGGUGUGGAAAAUGACCAAGCACAAAACAAGCCCAGCUAUCCUGCAGAAAGAAAGACAAAUUACUUUAAGAAUCACCAUUUAUCUAACCGCAAAGGGGGCGCUUGUACAAAAAAAAUAAUCUCUAGGGAGACAAUUUCCCCUGUGACUGGCUCCAUGUUAGAGGACCACACGUGUUCUUCUGUAUCCAAUGACACUUUAGAGGACAUCCUGCACACAGAAGGUGCACCAGGUUUGUUAGACAGUCUUUCAUGCUCUGCUGUUACGAGCCCCAGGUCAGGGAGCACGAUGCACUCUCUGGCUGCCAGUUCAUUGUCAGACAAACCAACUAUUUCUGGCCUUAGAGAGACAGAGGAUGCUACAAAUCCUGCCUUGUUGAGCAUGGCACUGGAGAGGCAAGCUUAUGUGCCUGCAGAAGAGGUGAUCGAUUCAGCACAGAGGAAUCUGCGCUCUGGAGUUGCAGGGGAAGAUGGGAGGCUGGAGCCCAGGGGAUUUGGUGGCAGAGCAGCUGGCAAGCCACCCACUGUGCCACCCAAAACAGAAAAGGCUCUGCGCCGGGCCAAAAAGCUGGCAAACAAGAGGAAAAAAGUGCAGGAGCAGCAGAAAAACCAACAGACUGAGCAUACAGAUGCUGUAGGGAGAAAACCUACUCAUUCUGGAGAGACAACAGCAUCUGCUUCUCCCUUAGGAUAUUCUCCUCUUCAUCCUCCCCUUCCCUCAACUUUUACUCCCACAGAAACCACAACUGUUAAAUCUAGACUUGCACCAGCAGCAAAAUCUUCACCCUCUUCUACCCAGAGGAAACUGCUCCAAGACCCUGACUCUGGUCAAUACUAUGUAGUUGAUUUACCAGCUGAAGUUAAUUUAAAGACAUUUUAUGACCCAGAAACUGGCAAAUAUGUUCAAGUCUCAGUCCCUUCCUUGGAACAGAACUUACACCAGCCCACCUCUUCAGAAAUUAAGAAUUCUCCCUAUGCCUCCUACCCUAGAGUGCAGCCCUUACCAGCCUCAUCAGUGGCAGUGCUGAAAUCACCUUCCCAACUCUCUGAACCUGCCUGGUCAGUGCCUGCUGCACCAGAACCACCUGAGCUACCUGAAGAUGGCCAGCAGGACUACAGAUACACUGAGUCUGUGGAUUCUCAGUCCUACACUGAACCAGCCUCCUACUCCUACCAUCAGGAUGCUGGAGAAGCUCAAGUUCACUUAGGAAAGGAUGUGAGCCCAACCCAAAAUACUGGCAUUGUCACCCUCACCAAUUUAGAUGAUUUUGCUGCUGAAGGAGUAUCUUGAAAACUGAAGUAACAAAACAUGCCAGCCAGUGUUUUUAAGAACUGUUUGGACAGACACAUGCACACAAAAGCACAUGCAGAUUUGAUAUUUGUACAACACUUUGUCUGAAUCUCAUUGUGGUUUGGGGGGAAAGGAAAUGAAAGCUGUUCAUGUUGAAAGAUGCAAGGUAAUGACCACUCUGAAGAAAAGAGAAAUUGAGUAAGCACCAAAUUAUCAGUGAGAUGAAGGAGCAAUGCCAGCUAGACAAAUACAUUUGAUAAUGUGAAGCCACUGCUUGCUGCUGCUGCUGCUUUUAUAAAGGCUGGGAAAGCCAAAGCAAGUGUCCUAUUGCCCAGAUGUGUUGCAUGAUACAUGACACAAAAUAAAACCUGUGAGACCAUCCUGUGCAUUCUAUGAGACCUAGAACUGAUGCUGCAUCUGCUGAACUUUCCUCACUCACUGCCUUUGAACUAUAUUGACAGGUAGAAAGUAUGUGGCUAUAAAUAUGCCAUAUAUGCAAGAUCCACUUUUAUGCACACGUUGAUUGCCCUGAUGUCAUUGACAAUGAGAUUGUAUACUGGAUGCACAAUACAACAGCCAUGUCAAAAAAAUCUCUUUUAAACAACCAAAAUACAGUUGCAGCUGCUCUAGACUUCUCAUAUACUUUUGCAGUGUCCACUAACAUGCUGCUGAGUUCUUUAUAUUUCUUGAUAACAUCCAAAUAGGUUCCCCUAGAGUCAGGGUUUAUUUAUAAUGCAAAUUAAACUUCAGGUUAUCUUGAUACUUGGCCUGAAAUAUUUUGGUGAGGAGCAAGAUUGAAUGAAAUCCCACAAGAGUAUUUAAUUGUUUGUUAGGACAGGAAGUCCUUUGCUAUUGUAAUUGAAAUGUGUUUUGUUUUGUUUUCAGACUCCCACUGAAACAUGAAACUAACUUUUAAAAUCUGAAAAAUGUACUUAAGUUUGAUCUGUGAAUUCUAUGAUUUAAUACAAACAAACAAACAAACAAGAAAACAAAAUAUUCAGAAUGUCCAAGGUAUUAAUUUCUAUAAAAUACUUCUUUCAAUUAUCACUUUUCUUUGAAAGGUCUGUAUGAAAAUAUCACUCAUCCUUGCACAAGCUCUUUUUUAUCAUCCAUAGUUAAUGAGGAAACCUAGGUGAAAAGAUGGAAAAAUUGAAUCUAUUGUGCCUGCUUGUAAAUAUCUAUAUUUGGAGUAUUGGCAUAGUUUUUUCUGUCUCAUUUCCAUACUGUUUUCCCCAAUAACAGCUGAAGUGCAGAAGCUCUAAGGAAGAAUUAUGCCAGUGACUUUCAGCCUGAUUCACAUCUUAGGCAAUUUUUACAGGACUUUUUCCAGUGAAGCAGCUCUUGACUUCCAAAAAGAAAGGGAUGAAUCAGGCCUUUUGUUAAUGAAUAAAUUGUGGAGACAGGACACAGGCACUGCUGCACUCUCCCAGUGUCAGUAUUUAUGACAGUUUAUCUUCAGUAAAUUUCCCAGGACUGAAGCCUCUCUUGGGACACAGACACACUUUGUGGUUUUUCUCCUUCCUUAAUCAGAAUUCAGCUCUCAGCCUCUCUCCAUCCCUGACAAGAGCCAUGUGUUCACAACCUGUCCUGGUCCCACCAGACAGGUCCUUUCAGCAGUGCCACCUGCUGAAACAUUUCUCUUAGACAAACACUAAGGGCAUCAUUUUAUUGAUUACAGUGUGGUUUGGAUUUAGCCUUCAAUGGUUUUCAUUUCACCUGUUACACAUUUUUGAUUUGGUAGGUUUGAUUGCAGCAGAGGUGUGGGUUGGAAAUGAAGAAACUUGUACUGGAAUGAUUUGGGGUUUAAGCACAUUCAGCCAAAUAUUUGAAUAAAUAUUUAUUGUUCGGUUUUCCACCCUGGGAAGUUUUUAGCACUUGACUAAAUAAAACCCUGGACUGUCCUCAGAGCUGACCCUCCUUGAGCAGGAGGUUCACCCAGAGAUCUCCUGAGAUUCUUUGCAGCCUGAAUUAUCCUGUGAUCCUGUUCUGAAAACAUUAAAAUUUAAACAAACUUGGACUUGGAACUCAGCAAAUGCAGUCUUCCCUGAGAAAGGGCUCAUUUUGAAAUAAUUUCUUUAAAAAAAACAUGAAAUUCAGGAGUGUUUCAGGAACAGGAAUUCAUUUUCAAAUUAAGGAAAGUGGCUCUGACUAUGAAUAUUUUUGUUUAGUCACAAAUAUUUUGUAAACUGUGAAUGGUGCUAUUCAUGUUGCACUUCUCUGUUGCUGUCACUCUAUAACAUCUAUGAAGUGUAGAGCAGCAUCUCAUCCAUAUGUUAAAAUAUAGAUUAAUAGAUCCAUUAGAGUUUUCCAUGGUGCAUUUAGACAAAAUUUAUGAAAUCUUAAACCCUAUCAGAAUGCACAAGCCUUUUGUGUGAGUGUGUGUGAGUGUGUGUGUGUGUGUGUGUGUGUGUGUGUGUGUGGUAUUACAAAUUUUAAUGCCUUAACAGUCACAAGUCAAGUAGGCUCUCAGAGGACAGGAUAAAAGCUUCCUUUCCAAGGGAAGAUUAUGGAUAUGAGGGAUCUGUGAACAGGUUAAAAAAUGAAUGGUAAUUUGAUGGGAAAAAAAAGUAAAUGUUUUCACUGUAAGGGUGCUCAGCCAUUGGAAUAAGCUACCCAGAGAAGUACUGGAAUCACCAUCCUUGGUGUGGUGAACACCUGGUGCUAAGUUAACUGUUGGUCACAAUGAUUUUAGAGGUCUUUUCCAACCUUAAUAUCCUGUGAUUCUGUGAAAUUAAACAAACUGGGGAGUUUUGAGAAUAGAUAAGAAAGUGGUUCUUGUCUCAUAUCCAAAGCUUUCCACACUUUGCCACAGGGCAUGAGUGAUACUAGAGAAGUAUUGCUCCAGUCCCAGCCUGGUAUUGAGCAGGAGCUCAAUACCUGUGUCAGCAAACCUGUGUCUGGCUGAGAUCAUGCUGCUGGCCAACUUCUUGCUAGGCUGUGGCAGUGUUUGUGUACAAACACACACAGCAUCCACAUAAACAACCCCAUAUCUAUAUUAAUAUACCUGUAAAAACUGCCAUUUGCAUACCAGUGUAAUAAAUCACUAAUGGCUGUGAUGGUGGACACAAAAUGUUUAUGUGUUAAAAGGAAGACAAAUGACACCUUUUCAAAUAUUUUUUGUUCCUUGCCCUAUUCUGUUUGUGUUUGUUGGGGAGAUAUUUUGCAUUGCUGCUGUGGGCUGGAAGAGGUCAGUACAGGCAGAAUGAGAGCUGUAAAUUGACCCUUUUCUUUGGGAGGGGGGUGCUAUGGGAAACGUGCAAUAGUCGUGAAAGCAGUUGUAGGAAAGCACUAUUUUGUGGCAGUGACAUUAAGUUGUAGAUUUAAGAGGUGUUGAGGCAAACCAAGACCAAUUCUGCCUUGCCAGCAGGCUGUGGCUAGGACUAAAGAACACAGCAGGUUCUUGGCAUGCACGGAAGCACAGCAGCCUGAAGGGAACAGAGCCAUUGUUUUCACUGUUUCCUUCUCCUGCAAGUGGCCUUUGUGCAUGCUGCAUUUCACCACCUUUACAGUGGUGAUUCUUCCUUGGCAGGUGUGACUGAGGCUAAACCUGACUUAGCCAGUCUUUGAUUCCAGGCCAGAACUGCCUCCCUCUGAAUCUCUUUCUCCUUGUGGGGUGACUGCAAUGCCAACAGUCCAGCUGUCACAGACUUGUCAGACUUGGACUGCCAUCCCACAGCCAUGGCUCUGUCCCAAGGGCUUGAAUUUCCUCGUGGAAAAUGCUGGAUUUUCUUUAGAAAGUUUAGUUUAAUUGACAUGGCCUACAUGCAUGGAUUUUUGUCAACUCCUCCUUGGGUGUUCAGUGCCUUCCUAAGUCAUCUGUCCAAGAAGAUAUAUGUCAUCAGCACGUUCCAUCAAUGCAACUGUAUUUGCAAAUAAGUGAUUAUUUAUUAAUUAAUAAACUAAAUAAAUGGGACUUGUUUUAUAAUACUGGAA